CUCAACUAUUUUACUGAACAGCCAUUGACAUAUUUAAGAUAUGGAUUCAUAAAUGUUUAUGUACAUUAUUUGAUUGUUGGAGGCAGUUUUUGUAGAACCAACUUGUGUUUUCAGUUUUACACGAUGAAAACAAACAUCAGUGUAUUGACUGUUCUACUGUUUCUUCUACUGAUCAACUUUUCCUCGAGUGCUCAUCCCGCCGGGUGUUCCUAUGAUGGCACAUUAGCCUCAACUGGACUAUAUACUUGUGAUUUAGGAAGUUACACUGCACCUCUCGCCUAUAGUUCUUUCUCCAGUCCUCUCCCACAGAGAUUGAAGAUCACUGGUGUAACAGGAACAUUCACCUCUCAAUUGUCAGGAUUCUCCAGCUUCUCCACUGGAUCCUUUGACGCCAAUUAUCCAGCAAGCCUCGAACUGGAAUGUUUGUCGUCUAAUUCGUUAACGUUAUCUAGUGUAUCCUUCACAGAUAUGGGUUAUCUCCAGGAAGUUAAAUUCAGUUUCUGUAACAUAGUAUCAUUGACUACCGGGAUGCUGUCUCCAUUUGGAACACUCAAUUCCUUACGAUUUGAAGGGGGUUCUAUUGCUUCAUAUUCAAAUAGCUUUCUAACUGGACUCAUAGUGGAACCCGUGACAUCAACUCCAGAACCGAAAGGAGAGCUUGUAAUUAAAGAUUGUACGAUUACCCCUACGUCCAUACCAUCCGGGACAUUUGACGUUUUGACAACAGUGAAGUCCAUUCGUGUAGAGAACGCCGGUGUUACAGCGGUUGACAGUUCACUAUACAACCUGGCUGUGGCUGUAAAUGACGUAUCUCUGGCAGAUAACUCUAUAACCACUCUAGACAGUGGUAUAUUUAGCAGCCUGAAAGGACUAUCUGAUAUAAACCUUGACGGGAUACCGUAUAAUUGUACUUGUACCUCCCUAGCAUUUCUACAGUCUUUGUCUCAGAACUCUAUCCGCUCGGCUGGUCCCAUCUGUAAUACGCCAGCUGCCUAUCAAAACAAGAAAGCGACAAAGUACUAUGCAGAUUCGUGUGAUCUAAGUGUCAGCUGUGCAGAUAUAGCCAUUGGAUCAACCUGUAUGACUGUGUAUGAGCUUGUUGGGAGUAUUCUAAGCUUUGUUACCCUAGUGUUAGCGGCAAUAGCACUGGUUAUCAUUUGCCACACCCGACGUCAGCUCAUGGCAGCAACCUCUAACCUGGAAAAAAACAGGAACAGUGGAUGGUCUAAAGCCAAGGAGGCUAUGGAUACAAAUAGAUCCAUCAAACCUCCAAUGAGAGGAUCACAGGCAGUACAUGGUUGGGGAUGAGAUCUUAAGUGACUGCAUGGAUCGAUAGGUGUCAGUGGAACGACAUGGACUAAUCGAAACUAUAUGUUUUUAUUUGAUAUAAAGUAAAAGGAAAUAAAUCAUGUAUUUUAACUAUAAUAUGUAAUUAUAUAGUAUGGUUUUUAAAAUUAACGUAAAUACCCGUUAUAGAAUUUUGUUUUCCAAAAUUAGAAAAGUCUCACACGUGGUCAAGAUCCCAAAAUUAACGCACAUAUUUAAAUAUCAAACAUAAAAAGGGUCGAAAAAUACCAAAGGGGCAUUUAAGGGCAUUCGAUACAGUUUCUAUCUCAUGAUGAUUUUUUUACAAAAAUUUACAUACGAGCU